CACGUGAGGCCUAGCGCCGUUGCUGUGCUGUGCUAGCAACAACUGGGUGAUGUGGAGCAGACUUCCCAGCUGAAACACCACGUUGAAAUAAAUAUUAUUCAGCUAUACGCGUUUUUUACACUGCUAAACCUGAGCCAACAUGCCUCCGAAGAAACCCGUCCAGCCCGCGGGAAAUAAAAAAACGCAAGAGAAGAAAAAGGAAAAGAUUAUUGAGGACAAGACAUUUGGCUUGAAGAACAAGAAAGGGGCCAAACAGCAGAAGUACAUCAAGAACGUAACCCAGCAAGUCAAAUAUGGACAACAAAGUGCCAGACAGGUUGCCCAGGCUGAUGCAGAAAAGGCCACUAAGAAGGCUGAUAAGAAGAAAGAGUUGGAUGAACUCAACGAGCUGUUUAAACCUGUAGUGGCAGCCCAGAAAGUCAGUAAAGGUGUUGACCCAAAGUCAGUGCUGUGUGCGUUCUUUAAGCAGGGCCAGUGCACUAAAGGUGACAAGUGCAAGUUCAGCCAUGAUUUGUCCAUGGAGAGGAAGUGUGAGAAGAGAAGUGUCUACGUGGAUGAAAGAGAUGAAGACCUGGAGAAAGACACUAUGGAGAACUGGGACGAGAAGAAGCUGGAGGAGGUGGUCAACAAAAAACACGGGGAAGCCGAGAAGAAGAAAGCCAAAACACAAAUCGUGUGCAAGUACUUCCUGGACGCCAUAGAGAAUAAUAAGUACGGCUGGUUUUGGGUGUGUCCUGCAGGGGGCGAUAACUGCAUGUACCGACACGCCCUGCCACCCGGCUUUGUCCUGAAAAAAGACAAGAAGAAGGAGGAGAAGGAGGAGGAGAUUUCGCUUGAGGAACUUAUAGAAAACGAGCGUUCGGCUCUGGGACCUGAUGUGACUCGGAUCACCCUGGAGACUUUCCUGGCUUGGAAGAAGAGGAAAAGGCAGGAGAAGGUGGACAAAGCGAGGGAGGAGAUGGAGAAGAAGAAGGCUGACUUUAAGGCUGGAAAAUCACUUGUGGUGAGCGGCCGCGAGGUGUUCGAGUUCCGUCCCGAGUUGGUCGACGAUGACGAUGCUGAGGCCGAUGACACUGGCUAUGCCGACAGUGACAAGGAAGAUGGGGAGCAGGAGAUGAGUACAACAGAGGUCCAGGACAUAGACUUGUCCCGUUUCGUUCCACAAGAGGUCGACAACUCAGGCAUUACCGUAGCAUCAGUGGACCGCUUCACCUCUAGGAAUAAAACUCAUCCGACGGAAACAGACAAAGCGGAGCAGCUGAACGGCGCGUGCGGUGGCGCCGAGGCCAACGGGCUUUCGGGAGCAGAGGGAGGCGGGGAGGACGGAGGCGGGGAGGACGAGGAGGACGAGGAGGACGAGGAGGUACCGGUGGACGAGAAUCUAUUCACGGGAGAAGAUCUAGAAGAGCUGGAUGAAGAACUGAACACACUGGCGCUGGAGGACUGAGAGGCGGGGGAGGGCGAGGUGGCGUUCAGGACGGACUGAGUGAUGAAGGGAUGGACUGAUGGAUGCAUGGAGCUAAACAACAAAGAGACCAGAUGUUUUGAAUCAUUUUAAACUUCAGAGACUCCAAUAAUAAAGCCUGAUUAUAUGAUGACAUCACUGCCUGUCUCGGCCCACUCUGUUUUAUGUAACGCCCCCCUCACAUCCAGUCGUGUCUUGGCUUUUUUCCCUGCAUUUGGUGUCCAGAGUUCUGCAGCGGGACUGAUUUCGGGUUUGUCAAGGCCAACUCCACAUGAAUGUGUCAGAGUGUCCACGAGAGGAGAAUGUGGCUGCUGUUGAAACUGAAAUUCGCUGAAUUGGGCUUCAGGUGCUUCUCUACUUGCUCACAGUUAAUUCUGAGUGAUUUGCAGAACGAGACUUUGUCAGGGCCUACAAAUAAAAGCACUACAUGUGAGGUUGUGUUGUGAGACGAGACUUAAGAAAGAAAUCUAAUUUAACACAUUGCGGAUGGAUGUCAGAAAAAGCUGUCCGACCUGAAUGAACAGAAACUGUCUGCUCAGAGCCUCACCUGCUCUCAUAACCAAAAGAAAAGCUACGGUUUGAGGUUGCACUUUUCAUCUUUCCCUGGAAGAAAUGUUUUCCAAAUCCAUUUCAUUUAGCUCAACUAAAAGUUUUUGUGGUGGUAAUUUCGUGUAACUUUUUGAAGGACGACUUCAGACCAAGCUUCUCAAUUGCCAGCCUUAGAUUAGUGUUUUAAUUAAGGUCAGCAGGGAAAACCAAAUGGUCCCGGUGUGAGCCCAGUGUUGCAAAUUAUGUCUCAUGAGUUGCCUCCUGAAGAAAUAAAAGAUGACAGUACA